AUGGCAGAAUAUGAGGCUUGCAUUCUCAGGCUUAGGAUGGCCAUAGACAAGGACAUUAAAGAGCUAUUGGUGAUAGGAGAUUCAGAUUUGUUGAUCCAUCAGGUGCAAGGAGAAUGGACCACCAAGAAUGUCAAAAUCCUUCCUUAUGUGCAAUGUGUUAAAAAAUUGAGCAAAAGGUUUACGAAGAUCGAAUUCAAGCAUGUCCCUCAAAUUCAAAAUAAGUUCGUUGAUGCCUUGGCGACACUAUCUUCAAUGAUUCAGCAUCCAGAUAAGAAUUACAUCGAUCCUAUCAAAGUGGAGAUACACGACCAACAAGCCUACUAUUUCUAUGUAGAUGAAGAGCCAGAUGGAAAGCCGUGGUACAACGACAUUAAGAGGUUACUUGGAGCAGAAGGAUAUCUAGAAGGCGCUACUGACAAGAAGAAGAGGACUUUAAGAAGGAUGGCCAAUCACUUCUUUCUCAAUAAGGAAAUCCUAUAUAGGAGGACUCCAGACUUAGGAUUGCUACGAUGCGUCGAUGCCAUGAGAUUGUUAAAGGAGAUACAUGCAGGAACUUGUGGACCCCACAUGAAUAGUUUCAUGCUUGCGAAGAAGAUUUUAAGAGCUGGAUACUUUUGGAUGAUCAUGGAGAGGGAUAGUAUUCGAUUCAUGCAGAAGUGUCACCAAUGUCAAGUUCAUGGAGAUUUUAUAUGA